AUGGCUACGGACGACGUUGCAUCGAUGACGAAUGAUUUCGCCUCCAUGACCACUGGCGCCAACUACUUGCCGGACGAGCUCCUGGCUCGUAUUUUGGCCCCUGUCGACCUCAAAAGCCUCGUCCAGGCGCGCGCCGUCUGUAAAUCCUGGCGGGCCUCGGUGGAGAGCAAAGAGUUGAGCGACCUGCGCGCGACGAUGGACACCGAGCCGCUCAUCGCGCUGAUCGGCGGGAGCGACUAUUUUCCAGGCACCAGCGGCAACAUCUCAACGAAGAUCAGCUUUAGGAUUGGCCUCGGUGGGCCAUGGUUCGACGGCCCGCCGAUGCCGGAGCCGCGCUAUCUCCAUGGCGCCGCGGCCGUCGGCCGCAAGAUAUAUGUCGUGGGCGGUAGUCACAAAUUUGGUGAGGCGCCCGAAAGGACGCUCGUCUACGACCUCUGGACGGCGACGUGGAGCGAGGCGCCGGGCGUGCCGUGCCCCCGCCACGCGCCCAUCGUGGCCGCGCUGCCGGAUGGGCGCAUUAUGUGUGCGGGCGGUAUUGGUCAGACCGGACCCGAACUCCGGUCGUGCGAGAUCUUUGAUCCGAAGACGGGGCUCUGGUCGGCCGGCGCGCGGCUGGGUCACCCGCGCUGGCGGGCGGUGGGCGCUCUGCUCGAAGGUCAGCUCGUCGUCGCCGGCGGCCAGGCGUUCGGCGACGAGAGCAAUACUGUGGAGCGCUACGACGCGGCCGCGGACCGCUGGGAGUUCCUCCCGCCCGUCAAGGGCAAAGUAUUCGGGGGCUGUGCCGCCGCGGUCGGCAGCCACCUGAUGAUCUUCCACGGGCGACAUUGCUACCUUUAUGCGCCGCGGUUACUCGCCGUUCGGCGUGGGCGCACGUACGAGGAGCCGACCGUGCUCCGCCGCGUCGAGAAGAGCGACGUCACGCCGGAUCGCGUGAGGGGUUGGAAUACUGACGGCGGCCUUGGCAUCUGCCGGCCGGUCGCGGUGCGCGGCACGAAGGGACGGAUCAUCGGCGACUACGGCGCGUUCGAACAGUGUAGCGCAGGCCGCACCGGGCCCUUCGACAUCCUCGUCACGGACGACGAGCAGCACCUAGAGAAAUGGCUCGGCAAGUGGUGGACGGAGAUUCGAGAAUUGCCGAGCCAUUUCUCGCACGCGCGACCGUCGCAGAAGAAGGAGGAGCGCUACGUGGUGGAAGUGGACCGCGCGCCGACGGCCGACGACCUCCGGGCGCUGCAGGAGGGCGUGACGACUCCUCUCUCGGGGGUCAAUUACGAGCACUCCACCUGUGUCGUCGUCGGGGACCAGAUUAUGGUGAUCGGUGGGACGAACGACCGUCACGGAGGGGCAAACAAAGGAGAAUCUUUGGAGGACCAGCUCGCGCAUUUUCGAGAAAAUGAUGUAGGUGGUGAUCGUAUGAAUCAAAUGGUGCUGGAACACGUCAGGAAGACCUAUGAAGCCGAAAAGUUCAACUACUGCUGGCGCAUCGAGCUGGAUGCGGACGGAGACAUGCACGAACUCACGUUCGGUCGGGCCGGCGCACGCAUCUCGGAGCAGUCGGAGGGCGCCGCCGCGGUGGUCGUGUACCUCUAG